GCAACUGUUCUCUCGUGCUGCACAUCCUUUACAAGCUUCCUUGUUCUAUUUGUAUCUGACUGAAUAAUCAGACUUAUGGCUUCCAUCGCAUCUUCACUAAGUGCUGAGAAUGAGGUAACUUUACAGAAAUCUUUCUCCAGUCGUGUUUGUUUUCAUCUCCUGUACAAGAGCAGUCAUCAUGGAGCCACUAUUGACCAGCUCCUCAGCAGGUUUGACAAGCAUGGGAAAUAUCUGCUCAUAGCAUUUCUGAAGCUGGGGUCCGUCAGAGGCGCUUUCAUGAGUAAACCUCUAACGUGUGGAAAGGAAUACUCAGAUGAUGAAAUGUUUUUUUUUAAAAUGGAGACUCACCACAAGGUUCAUGAUCGGCAAAUCACACCUGUUAAUGUGGAUUCAAGUACAAUCACUUUUGGAAACAAAUUUAUUUUAAAGUUGGAGGAAGGCUUCUGGUAUGGGAGCUACUGGGAAGAUGUGCGUUAUGGCAGAACCUGGCCACAGUAUGUUUACUGCAUAGAUGUGGAGCUGCACCGUGUCCAAGAUCUAGGUGACAUUUUGCCCAAACCUUGGAGAGAAGUGUUAUGGAGUGAUGAAACAAGGGAGAACCUAAGGCAGGAUUUUGUCUCUUACAAGCCAUUUUUGGAGUCUCUACCCCAGAUAAAGGCUUUACUUCUGGGCCCAGUGGGUUCUGGGAAAUCCAACUUCAUCAGCUCUAUCAAAUCCACAAUGUACAAACGCAUAGUGCAUCUGCCCAAUGUCGGCUCAUCUGUGGAGGGGUUCACUAAGAAGAUGACAACCUAUGAUAUUCGCGUAAACCAGCGAGGAUCUCAGAGUGCUCUGAGCCUAUGUGAUGUGAUGGCAUUGGGAAAUGAUGACUCUACUGGUCUCUCUUACAAUGAUGCACUUGCUGUCAUCAAAGGCCACGUCCCAGAAGGAUAUGAGUUUCAGAAAGGUGGUACAAUCAGUGAUAUUGUGAGUGGCUACAUAGCAAAUCCCUCCCUGAAUGAACAAAUUCACUGUGUCCUCUUCAUACUUGAUGCCACCAAAUUGACGUCGUACCCCAGCAGCCUAGAGUCCACACUUAGGAAACUUCAUUCUGCUGUAUCAAACCUGGGUAUCCCUCAGCUGAUUUUGCUCACCCAUGUGGAUCAGGUGAGCCUGGCAGUACAGAAAGACCUGAGUGACGUCUACUACAGUUUAACUGUGCAGAAUAAGAUGAAAAAAGCAGGGGAGAUGGUAGGAUUGCCGUUGUCCUACGUUCUUCCUGUGACGAAUUAUGUUUCCCAACUGACAGUGGACUGCAACACCGACAUCCUGCUCUUGAAUGUGGGGAUGAGCAUCCUACAGGCUGCGGAUGACGCAUUUGAAGAUUAACACCAUAUUCCUGCCCCUCUAUCAAUAAAGUGCAUCAAAGAAAAAUCUGUUUAUGAUGAGAAAUCUAGCGCAAACAUUUAGAUUUACGACAAAGAAAUUAGUAACAAGUCGGGGUAGGAUUCAAAAUUAAUUAAAUGUGUUCAGGCUUUUUUUUUUCAACACUUUGACAACACAAGGAUUUGUACAAACAAAUAAACAUUUUAUUAAUAUACAAGCACUACAUACAAUACAUCCUUAAGUUCUACAAGUAGUAUAUUCUAGACUAAACUACUACAGUAUAAUAUAUCAUUCAUUCAUUUGAGCUGGGGUGAGGGUACUGGGGGUGGCACAGGAGGUGGUGGGCAGCUUUCCUGUCUUAUUAUUUUACCCAGAAAGCCGGAAAAGUGGUAAUACGUUACAUUACAUUAUGUAAAGUAAUAAGGACAGGAAUCGGAGACUAGGGUGAACACAAAUUCACUAAACUGAUUAGAUGGUGUCCAAUGUAGAUUCAGAUUCCUGCCAAUGGCUGACAGGAGUAAAACACAGUGUGGACUUUGGCUGCUGAAGACAUUUUUUUUUUGCCUUCAGCAGACAAAUGAAGGAGUCUCCAGUGUAAGUUCUUUGUGAAUUCCUCUAUGGAAAAUGAUUCUGUCUAUUCUCAUUUGUUGGUAACAUGAUAAUAUGUGUUUUGUAGCAGUUAUUAAAUUAAUUAUCUGUAAUAUUAGUAAAAAAAUGCUAUGGAACAAGAAUAAACCAAUGCUUUUAUUUUGAGAAAUAAAAAAACAAACUACACUGCUAAUCUAUACAA